AACAAAGGUACCUGUGAAACGUUUGUUUGAUCACGAUGGAAUGUUUGGCUCUUGCUAGGUAGCGGCAAGCGAUUCGGCGAAUUUUAAUCAAUCAUUCAAUAUAUGACGUUUAAGCAAUGUCAACACAAAUGUAUACGUAAUUCUUUUUAACUGUAACGCAAGGUCAUUUAAAUGGAAGCUUCCUGUGAACUUUCUGUCAUAAAAUUUGAAUGGGGGUCGGAUUUGUACCCAAUCUAACUCUAGUUUUAAACUGUUAAAAGUCAUUUGUCAUCUUUCUUAGCGCAUUGUUUCAAACGGUAUGUGAUUUGUUUCUUUUAAAAAGAAUGGAUUGGAAUAUAGUGGCUGUUUUCUACAAGGAAUUAGAAAUCAGCGGUGUAGAAUGUUGAAAAAGAGCUGAUUUAAUGAAUGUGUUGCUUCGACGGAUCUACUGUACCUAAUUUUUGAUCAGGCUAUUUUAUCAAUCAGUCCAAACUGAAAAGGAAAUAUAGGUGUAUAAGAAAUGGGGAAUGGAGCUUCUGCAGAUGAGAGUCCCAACACAAUCCGAGUUCAGGCAACUCCCACCCCCCGAGACAACAGAACUCAAAAUCCCCGCGACAGCCGGACUCAAAAUGGGGGACCACCGGAAAGGUCCAGACGGAAAGGGGGAGGUUUUCAGGAAGUAGAAAUUCAAGAGACUCCUAGACAGGGAAAAUCUCAAAACUCAGUCAGACAAGGUCAGCAGGGUCAGAGUUCAGAGGGGCGGAGCCAGCGACAGGGUCAAGCAGGGGGAAGUACCCAGAGGCAGGGACAAGCCCCGGGGGGUAGCACCCCUAGACAGUCAAACCAGCGAGGGUCAUCCCAGAAUGCUGCUUCAGAGGAAUCGGGACGUGAAGACAUAAUCUUUGAGACGUUUUACCACAAGAGUGGGAAGGAGUUCCAAUGUAUGUACCUGGAUGGAAUGAGGUUUUACCUUGAUGACUGGGGAUCAAAGGAGUGGCAGCCCUUUCCUAAGAGAUGGUACAAUGAAGGUCUACUCAUCACUAACUCAGUCGUCAAAGACCAGGAAAAUGAGAAUCGACGUCGUCAACAACAACAACAACAGUCCCAGCAGUCGUCUGGAGCAGGAGCCUCGGGGGGUCGACAACAACAGCCCGGGUAUCAACAACAAUCGUCCAGCGGUCAGGACGACAGGGAGGGGGUGCUUAAUCACCCCAAAAGGGGCCGCAUUCCCACCUACAUAUUCCAGAGAAAACACAACAUCCACUGUUUCUAUGACCACACUCAAGGUCAGUGGAUGCGGCUACCGAUUGGUUGGGAACUUCAUCAUGAGAUGGUGGGAAAACUGGUGGACCAGGUAGAGGAGGCCCUCCCGACCUGGGGGGACAGGCAGGAUAUCCUGGCCCUACUGAGGCAGUGUAACUACGACCCCGACGAAUGCAUGUCUACUUACCUACAUCUGGAAGGGGAUCCAUGGCUGAAAGCCCCUAAAACCCACAAAGAAGCGAAAGCAGCCGAGGAAAAAGAUGAGACGAUAGAACAACUCCGACAGCAGUUAAAGGAAGCCGAGGAGUCACUAAAACAAGAAAAAAUAGCCAGAGUAGAAGCAGAAAAAGUGGUCAAAGAUCAGGAAGAGAAGAUAACAGAAUUAGAGGUAGAAAACAAACAACAUGAGGCCCAGUUAAUGUCUCUACAACAAAACCGACCCAAGACGGCCAUGCAACGACCAAAAACACCUCAGGUGGUUACUCAAGUUGUAAAGGAGGAGACAGUAAAUCCAGAUGACAUUGUGCUGCUUAACAACACUGCGAAAGAGCUCCGAAAGGCUCAGGUUCACCUCAAAAUGGAGGUUCAGCGUUACUUUGAUGUCCUACGAGGCCAGAUUACCAAGGCCAAAGAUGGUGUGAAGAAUAUAAAAUCUACCAGCAGUGGAAGUAUGGAGGAGAUGGAGGAAAUUCGGGCUCUCUACCGAAAGGAAGCCAUGCAGAGAAAGCUGCUGUAUAAUCAGCUACAAGAGCUGCGGGGUAACAUUCGCGUUUUCUGUCGCGCCAGACGAGAUGACAGAGUGAGCUGUUGUUUGAAGUUCCCCACAGACUCGGACAUUGUCGCUAUGGACAACAAUGGGCAGAAGAAAAUGUUCUCUUUUGACAAGGUGUAUGAACCUAACUCCACACAGGAACAGAUCUUUGGUGACACUAAAGCCAUAAUCUCUUCCUGUGUAGACGGUUACAAUGUCUGUCUGAUGGCUUACGGACAGACGGGAUCAGGUAAAACGUUCACCAUGAUGGGACCGGAGAACAACCCGGGAAUAAACAUCAGGGCUAUGAAGGAGUUGUUUGAUGUUUGUAAAGAGAGAGUGGACACAGUCUCUUAUACAUUAAAGGUCUCUCUGAUCGAGAUAUACAAUGAGACGAUACAGGACCUGCUCACCUCGGAUGCCAAGUCACUGGACCUGAGGACCGCGGGGAAUAAGGUGUCCAUUCCAAACCUUAAGGAGGUCGUGAUUAAGAAUCUGGACGACAUCAAGAAAACCAUGGCUCAGGGAGACAAAAACCGAACGGUGGCGUCCACCAAAAUGAACUCAACCAGUUCUCGUUCACAUCUACUGUUGAUGCUGAGUGUUGAAGGUCAAGACAAGGUCACAGGUGCAAUAACCAAAGGUACGCUGACUCUGUGUGAUUUAGCUGGGUCAGAGCGCAUAUCUAAAACCGAGGCCGAAGGUCAGAGGUUAGUGGAGGCUGCUGCCAUCAACAAGUCACUGUCAGCCCUAGGGCAGGUGUUCACAGCCCUAAGAACCAGUCAGCUACAUAUACCGUACAGAAACUCUAAACUGACCCAGAUCUUACAGCCUUCCCUGGGAGGGGAUGCUAAGGCUUGUUUGUUUGUUAAUGUCAGUCCGGAUGUAAAUAACUUCUCUGAGACUGUGAGCACAUUGAACUUUGGAUCGAAUGCUAAGCAGAUAGCCCUGGGACAGGCUAAACAGAACAUCCGCAAAGGGCCGUAGUCAGAGACUGGUCAUUUACAGGGAAUGGACUAAAAAAAAGGGCCAUAGUCUUAGACUGGUCAUUUAUAGGGAAUGGACAGAGAAAAGGGUCUUGAUCAUAGACUGGUUAUUUAUAGGGAAUGGACAAAAAAAAAAAAAAACACCAAUGUUAAAUUUUAACUAUUAAUUAUUUAUUGAGACUUUCUUUAUUGUUUAUUGGGCAUCUGUUCUUGAGUCAGACAGAAUAGUUGUACUUUUUUGAAAUGUAAUGCAUUAUUUGAAACUCUUAUUAGAGGAAAGGCAGGUCCCCACUUCUAAGAGUUAUAAGGAGAAAAAUAGUGUAUCAUUCCCCAUGGUACAAGAAUUAUGAUAAGCAAUUUUGAUUUGAUAUCGAAACUUAUGAAGAGGCAUUAUAUUAUGAAUUGGUGUUGAUGUAUUAAAUUUUCUUUGUAUUUUUGAACUGAUUGUUUUUGUGGCAUUGAAUUUGAUAAAUGUAAUUUUAAGAUGGAAGUGGUACAUGUUUUCACUUGUAUACUGUUUCAAUUUGAUGAAUGUUA